GCGCCCCCUGCAGGCGGUCCUUGGAUCUGGCGCGCCCGCCCACGUGUUGCGGAACAGCGCCGAGGGGGGCGUGGAAAAGUUUGUAGCCCUGGCGCCAAAUCCCCAGGAACAGCGACUGUCUUUGCGGGACGCCUUUUCCUCAAGGUGUGUAAAAUGGCAGAGAGACCCGUCUGGGAGCAAAUUGGAACCAGUUUUAUACAGCUGUAUUAUCAACAGUUUGAUAACAACAGGGAACAAUUGGGAGCCCUUUAUACAGAUGCUUCGUGUUUGUCAUGGGAAGGACAACAGUUCCAGGGAAAAUCCUCAAUUAUGGAAAAAUUGAUGAGACUCCCUUUCCAAAAAAUUCAGCACAGCAUCACAUCCCAAGAUCAUCAGCCAACUCCUGACAAUUGUAUUCUUAGUAUGGUAGUGGGUCAGCUGAAGGUGGAUGACGAUCCAGUGAUGGGAUUUCAUCAGUUGUUUGUCCUCAAGAACAUUAAUGAUAAAUGGGUUUGUUCCAAUGACAUCUUUCGGCUGGCUCUUUACAACUAUGCUUAAAACCUCUGUUUUCAAGUGCUCCUUUCCUUUUCUAAAAUGUAUAACUAAACAAAACCUAGUUUGAAGUUAUUUUUUGUGAGAUUCAUGUUUGAAAGAACAUGUAUGUCCUGUUGUGUUAAUUAAAAUAACUAGUAUGUUUAUUUUGCCAGAUAUAUCUAUAUUCCUCUCCUGUACAUCUGUCACAUAAAAUAUCUCAUAAAUUGUCUUGGAUUUUUAAAUAGCAUUACAUUUGCUGAAACCUAUGAUUUUUAAUAGCAUACUUUUUAACAAAAUAACCACUACGAAACCCAUUUGGUAGACAUGAGCCGAGGUUUUGCUAUUCCAUAAUGCCUUUCCUUUGUACAACUUGCAACCACAUUUUCACAUUAUUUGUUAAUAUGGUGAAGUCGACUCAGGAUAAAAUGUGCUUGUCAAUUCGGCAUAAGAAAUAUGUUGUUUAAAUAAAUUCUGACAAGGA